AUGGCCGGUGACGCGGGCCUCGUGGCGUUUCUUUUGCGACGAGAUGGCGACUCCGGCGAUGAUUGCGCCCCUGGCGACGAAGUGAACGAGCCGCGGCGCAGCUUGGGAGUUAUUCCAGAUCAAAAGAAGAGUCUAUCCCCGCGCGAGGGAUACUUGGAAGAGUCCAUCGGUGGUGCUGCUGACGGCGCUGGUGCCGAGUCCGACGGCGCGGGCGAUGGCGGCGGGCCGCCGCUCCACGCGGCGGUGGGCGCUGCGGUGAGCGCCGCCAAGGACGAGGUGGCGGAGAGAGUGCGCGCGCUGCUCCUGAUGUCGCGCGCGGGAGAUGAUGAUUCGCCGCGGAAAGCAGGCGAUUCGCUUCCCGUUCCCACGGUUGACGAGUCACCUGCCACUGUCCACCAUUACCAGCCGGGAGGUGAUGAGCCCGUGGGCCUGCCGUCGGCGCCAGUACUGACUGCUGACUCCCUCGACGCGGCCGUUGCGCCGCCGCCUGAGGGAGAGGCGGAAGACGCAGCGGGGGAGUGGCGGAACGAAGAUGGCGCGGAGGAGGCGGAGGCGGAGGCGGAGGGGGAGUGGGGUCCGCGCGUUUAUAUGCGCGGAUUUAUGUCGCUCUGGCGGGGGAUGCGGGGCGAGCUGAAGCAAGAUGCGCGCGCGAGGGAGAAGCGGAGGCAAGGGGAGCGGGAGGUACAGGUUGAGGUGAAUAAUAAGGGCGAGGAGGAGGCGGAAAUGAGUAAGGGGGAGGAGAAAAAGGAGGAGGAUGAAGGUGCGGCAGGAAUGGUGGAAUCGUUUACUGCAGAUGCAGACAAGUCAACGGAAGAGGCGGCAGAGAUGGCAGAAGGGGCGGGGAAUGGAAGCCACGAGGAAAGUGUGCUCAUAGAAAGUGACCAAGGAGGAGAGGCAGAGGAUGAGGGAGAAGGCCAAGUGCAAGCAGGAGAAGGGUCGAAUGCUGAAGAAACGAGUGGAGAAGAGCGGAAGAAGCCUGCUCGUGCCAGUGCAUGGGCGCUGGGCAUGCUCAUGGACUGGAGGCGGCAGCAGAAGCAGGAGGAGCAGGGGCAGCCGCAGAAGCAAAGCGGUGGUAAACCCGUUCUGACGGCCGCGGAAGAAGCUUCUACUGCUGAACAAGCUACCAGCAGCGCUCAAGCAGCAGUGGCCGUUGAGGGUCAAAAGGCGGAGCUGGAAGGAGUGUUGCCACAGGAGUUGAAGGCGGAACAGGGAAAGCUGGGGAAGCUGGGGAAGCUGGGAAUGCUUGAAGCAGGCACGGAGGAGGAUGUGGUCGGCUCGGCCGGUUCUGGCGUGGCGUUGCCGGGCAGCGGAGCAGGAGCAGGAGCAGGAGCAGGAGCGGCCAUGGAUGCCGGGGGAAAGCAAGCAGCAGCGAGAAAGGCUGUUUCGUGCAACACGUGCAACUCGUGCAAAGCGUUUGCUGCCACGGCUGCCGCCGGUGCCCCUGCUGGCGCAACAAGCGAGAGCAACGUGGAGAAAUCGACACCAGCAGCGGCAGCACCAGCAGCAGCAGCAGCAGCAGGAGCAGGAGGCAAAGGAGCAGUGUGGGUGCAGCAUACGGCAGACUCGCUGCGUCCGUUCCUGCAGCAGGCGUCAGGGGAGGAGCUAUGGCGCGUGUCGCUGCUCGCAUGGCUGUGCGAGAAGGCCUACAGCAUCCCCCGCCUUGAUGUGAGUGCACUCGCAACAAUUAUUUCUCUCAAACACUUUUUUCCGUGCAGUCUCUUUGUCCCGUUUGCCGUUUGCUAG